AUGUCCUCCAAAUCCUUCUUCGUCCUGAAGACAAAGGCCAUCCCGAGUCGCUACCAGCUGUCCAAAAAUAUCCAGACCCUGCUCGAGGGCCUCGACAGUUACCAUGUCGGAAGCCUCGACGUCGAAGAGCUCGGAAGAUUAGUUCGUCUGAGUCCUCGACGAAGGGCCGCUGUUGCAAAUACCAUCACGAAAUGUGCCAACAUUCUUAAAAAGGACCCGUCAGAGGUCAAGACUUGCGUUGACAUUAUCGAGAUGUGCACAGAGAUUCUGGAGAUUGCAGAAAUUCGUGCAAGGACGCUGGAUCUCAUAAUCGACAAUACAUUUCGAACGCCAGUAGUAGUGCCGGCUGGGAAACCGUCACCUUGCAGAUGCCCCAGGUUCGACAGGGACAAUGUCUUCCAGACUUCUCAGAUGAAGGCGUUGCCGACACUGUUAGGUAUGGCUCUGGGUGAAGAGUUUUACCGCAUCUUCUUUCGCAAGAAAAGGUUCCGAUUUCGCUGUGCUUGUGAGCUUCUUGCUCAUAUAAAUCAUAAUUCGCACUUCAAGGAUCAUGUUCGCCACAUAGCGGUCCACUGGUGCGGCCCAGAAUCAGCAAAUACCUUCAAAUUGCUUCCCCAGUUGCUUAAGCUAGAGUCUCUGACACUCAAUAUUUCCAAGUCGACGCUGGUGCAUUUGAACGAACGUGCCAGCUUAAUGCGGACAUAUUUCCCUCUUGCCUAUCGAAACAUUAGGAUGUCAGACAUUUUGGGCCUGGAUGAGCUGUUGCUCGUGCGUGGCCUCCAAGAUGUACAUGUAAUUAAUGUCCAGCCGAAAAGUAACUCCCAUGGCGUGGAAAUGGAUCUACUUCAGUACUUCAAGGCGGAAAUGGUGUAA